UUCAGUUCAGGGCAGAGGGCACCACUAAUAACCAAAUUCUUCAAACCUCAUCUCCUAAAAGGACCAAGAAUUUCAAGUAUCUCAUCGAUGGCCACCAACGGAGAAGAGCAGCAGACCCAGGCCGGAAGGCAUCAGGAGGUCGGCCACAAGAGCCUUCUUCAGAGCGAUGCUCUGUAUCAGUACAUACUUGAAACCAGUGUGUACCCCAGAGAGCCUGAAUCCAUGAAGGAGCUCAGAGAGGUGACUGCCAAACAUCCAUGGAACAUCAUGACCACAUCUGCCGAUGAAGGUCAAUUCUUGAACAUGCUACUCAAGCUUAUCAAUGCCAAGAACACCAUGGAAAUCGGUGUCUUCACUGGCUACUCUCUUUUGGCCACAGCUCUAGCUCUUCCUGAUGAUGGCAAGAUUUUAGCCAUGGACAUCAACAAAGAAAACUACGAGCUGGGUCUACCUGUAAUCCAGAAAGCAGGCGUUGCCCACAAGAUUGAAUUCAAAGAAGGCCCUGCUUUACCCGUUCUUGACCAACUAGUCCAAGAUGAAAAGAAUCAUGGGUCAUAUGAUUUCAUCUUUGUGGACGCUGAUAAGGACAACUACCUCAACUACCAUAAGAGGUUGAUUGAACUGGUGAAGGUUGGUGGGUUGAUCGGUUACGACAACACCUUAUGGAAUGGUUCCGUAGUGGCGCCGCCUGAUGCUCCCCUCAGGAAGUAUGUUAGGUACUACAGAGACUUCGUUUUGGAGCUCAACAAGGCUCUUGCAGUGGACCCCAGGAUCGAGAUCUGCAUGCUUCCAGUCGGCGAUGGGAUCACUCUCUGCCGUCGGAUCAAGUGAACAAGCCGCCGAUAUUGACCGCCGGAAAAUAAUUUUUUUAAAUUUCCAUUGCAAAAGUUUUAUGGUUGUACUUGAAUGACGGUUGGAUGGUUAUUUUGAUGGUGCUGAUUCAAUUCGAUGUUCAAAUACCUUUACAUGAAUAAAUGGUCACUAAAAGGUUCCUUCUGUG